AUGAGACCCAUCUUGCUCUUUAUCGCUUCUAUUCUGAUGCUGUCGUUGUGCACCCGGGCGGUCGAGACGGACGCAGGCCUGGACCUCGAUGUGAACCCAGACAUCGCAGAACAGAUCGCAGGCAUGGCGCACGCCCAGACGUACGCGCACCAGAUCGAAAGGCAUGCCUCGCUUCCUUCCUCUUACUUUAGCACGGUCAUCGGCUGGACGGCAGACGGCUCAGACCGUGCUCGUUUGCGCAUCGCUUCAGGUGGCUCCCGUUUUACGCUCCUCCGCGACCCCGCCGACCCAUUGGGUCACGUCGCCUACUCGACCUUCAUGUAUCAGCAUCCAAGAACGAGGGUCUGGAAGCGCGCAGUGAUGAUUCUCAGCCUCAGGCAUGGUGUCAGAGGAGCUUUGAUUGGGGAAGCACACUUUCCGGCGGGAGUGUCGGAAAGAGAGGCGUUCGAGACGUGGAGCAGACUCAAUGCCGAGGCGCAUUGGGAUCGGAGGAGCUUGCUCAGGGAGUUCGGUCGAAUGGCGCUGCAUGUUUGA